CAUAACAAUUAUGGAGCCUCUACUUCCGGGUUCCAGGUAUUCCCUGCUGUGGGGCGGAUACUGUUUUCCAAGUUUGACUUGCUUGUAGCUGCAUCAGAACUUCAUUCCUUUUUUGCUGAAAAAUAUUCCAGGACUAUGGCUGCCCAGGAAGCCCCUCGAGACAGCCAGCCAGAGGAGAGCACAACUUUGGACUUGCCGUCAGCUUAUGACAUAAGAGAUUAUGUGCUGCAGGGACCCAGCCAGGAUGGCAGCAGCAGGGCUUUUAGUUCUGUAGAAUCCUUUUCUUUGCCCUGUUCUUCUGAUGUGGAUCCAGACAACAGUAACCUAAAUAUUGAGCACAAUGAUUCCUGGGCCUCUGAGAACCUCUGGCUUGACCCUUUGAAAGAUGAACAAGAGACCAAAGCCAAAGCAGAGGAUGAUGGACUUCGGGAAUCUCUGGAUAGAUUCUAUGAAAUGUUCAGCCACCCACAGCAAAAUUCUAAAAAUCCACUGUCCACAUCUGUCUGCCAAUGCCUGACUCAGAAAGUCAACGAACUGAAGGGCCAGGAGGCCUCGGCACAGUAUGCCCUCCGCAGUUUCCAGAUGGCCCGGGUCAUCUUCAGCCGGGAUGGCUGCUCAGCCUUACAGAGGCAUUCCAGGGAUGCCCACUUCUUCCCACCCAAGGAAGCAAGUGUGUAUCUGGAUAACGAAAAGCCAACCCCAGGGCUUUCAAAAGAUGUUAUUCACUUCCUCUUGCAGCAGAACUUGAUGAAAGGCGUGUGACAGGUGCCUGGUGAUGCGUGCAGGCAGCAGGGCCGAAGCUGUGUGUACACCACCCCUGGCGCUUUCUUGCCAACUCUGUCCCCAAUGACCUGGACUGGAGCUCGUUCAGCCCCUGUGGAGAGUCAGCAGCCUCUGGAGGUGUUAUAGCCCAAAGGCUACAUGUCCCCUCCACUUCUUUUGAUCUAAGGCCAGUGACUAGCUGGAUUGAGGUCCAAAAAUGCAGCUUCCUUGUCUCAAGGGAGGACAUGCUUGGAGGCAUCAUUUACUCCGCAGAGCUCUUCUGAACCAAGCACGGUUGGGAGCCUUGCCUGGCUUCUUCACUCUCCUUGCAUUCCUCCUCCAGAAUUCAUUAACUUAUGUCUCUUGGGAGCCCCUCCUUAAUAAAUUUCUUGUGUCUGAACCAUGACUCAGAGUCUACUUCUGGUAGAACCAAACCUAGAGAACAAUGUUCCAUGAGACAAGUUUUCUAAAGAGCC